AUGAUGAAGGAAGAACCUACCUCCACUUCCUCCGCUGCAACCUACGCUCCAGUGAUUCAAGGCUUUUCUUCAUCCCGAACACAGGUUAAGGAAGAAGAGAGCGCAUUGGUGCCUACAGCACAGAGCAGUACCACAACCUCACCAUCCACAUCCAUCAUGAUGCACAACAACAUGAAUCAGUCCAAUUCUAAUAACACUACUGGAGGCGCCUCCAACUACUCACCAUUGCCGACCUCAACUCCACCACAACAUCUCUCCAUUCAUGUCCCUCCAUCAUCGGCCACAUUGAAUAACGGAAGCUCCUCAAGCUAUUCCACACCUUCGCCUGCCUCCUCUCCACUACAACAUUCCCAGUAUUAUCAAAAUACUUUGUCGUAUCCGAACAGUCCUCACCAUCAUCAGCACCUAUAUCACACACAGCCUCAAUCACAACAAGCACCAUUACCAUCUUUGUCUUCACAAUUACAGCACCAACCAUCUUUGCAUGCUGCUAACCAAACAAUGAAUAAUACCACAUUGAACAAUAGCAGUAACAGUACGGAUAAUUCCCCACACAUGUCUCAACACCAAAUCACCAAACAUGUUUUGACCGAAUCAUCAUCCUCGGCAGCUUCAACAGCAUUGUCCUCACAAACUACAAAUUUCAUGAUUCAACAACAUCAACAACAUACGAUACAGCAACAACUCAGAUCAAAUUCUCCUUUCCCAACCAAGAACCAUUCAUCCAUGCCACCAACACUCCCCUCCAUCAGCAAUACGAUAGCUGCUACAGACUCAAAAUUACCUUCUUCUCAGCAACAUCACACAGUGUCGACAGCAUCUACACCUUCGUCACCAUCUCAACAUUCCCAACAUGUUGUUGUUGGUCAAACUUCUUCUUCAUCACCUUCACAUUUACAACAAGCAAUGUCGCAUCAUGCGCAAAAUUCAAUGACCUCCUCGUUUCAGACAGCUCCUCAACAGGCCAUAUUUCAUGAUUACACAGCAAAUGUGAGUGGUCAACGAAAAACCCAAGUAACCAUGUCACCUCAACAACAGCAAGAUGUAAACAUGGCCGGAGGAGAUUUUCAUCCCAUUGCUUGCAUUCCGUGUAGAAAGCGCCACAAAAAGUGUGAUCGUCGAUUACCUCACUGCUCGGAGUGUGUUCGCCGUUCGAUGGAAUGUCAAUUCUAUGAACCAAAACAAAAAGGACGAAAAAAGAAGGAUGGGGAACCAGGCACUGAGCAAAAUUUUUCUUCCUCACAACCAUCAUCACCUCAACAAAAUUCUCAAUCUCAAUUUCAGAGCUCACAAAAUAUAACACAGUCUGGUAACAACAUGAUGGAUCUUUCACCUUAUCCGGCAACAGGCAAUAACAAUUAUGGCAAUUCUCCCAUGAUGAACUCGUCAUCUCAACCCUAUAUCAACAACCCUCAAUCAAACAACCCUGCCAUCAGCAAUAACGCCCAACAUUCAACAAAUGCGAGUAAGCAACAACAAAUUCCAUCUCAACAAGCUAUUUCAUCUUCCAUAGCAUUUAACAACACUGCUGCAUCAACAAAUCAACGAAAUGCACCAAACGAUCCUGACCUCUUUCCACUGCCUUAUUCCUCUCAAGGGCAAUCUUCUGUAACAAGAUCACCUAGUUAUCAUCAAAUGAAAUAUAGAGCUGAACCAUAUCCAAGUGUUCAGCAGAAUCAUCAACAAACGAUCAAUGCCAACAAUAACAUAAUGUACAACAAUUCUCCUCAAGUAUAUCCAUCACACACAUUUUCUAGGGAAAGAGCUGUGUCUUCAGCCUCUUCAAUAAGUAACAGUGGAAUGUAUUCAGGAUAUGGCUCAAACCCGUCCAUGAUGAAUUUUUCGGAAAUUAACAAUAUGAACACUGGCAUGAAUAACAACUCAAAUAGCAUACCAGCAUUUGGUCAAAUGGCCGCAAGCAAUUACAAUCGAAAUGUUGGUGGCAUGUCCCCGGAGCAGUUACAAUCACCCAAUGAAAAUUUCAACACAACUUCACUGACGCGUUUCGUACCUAUCGAAAAAGAGUCUCUAAGGGAUCAGUUGAAUAGUCUUUCAAGAGCUCAACUUGAAAGUUGGCCAUGUCAAACAGUUUCACAAUGGAUUGAAUCAAUCGAUACAGCAUUUUUCCAUAACAAGAUUGGAGAAAUUUUUACAGAACAUGAUGUGGAUGGAAUUGCUUUACUAGGACUUCAUAAUCAAGCUCUACAGGAUAUGGGCAUUCACAAAGUUGGAAUUAGGGUUAAAUUGUGUCGAAUUAUUGAGCAUUUGAGGAUGCAAAAACAAUAA